AUGUCAACCAAUUGGACGUGUUUGAUAAUCUUAAGCUCCCUUCUACUGCUGCUUUCAAUCUCAUCAUCCACAGCGGAUGUGGCUCAUUUCUUUGCUGCACCUGCGGACUUUGGAAGCUACAAUCAGCUUGAUCCCGCCUCCUUUCAGUUGCCGCUAUCGCAAUCGAUUUUAUAUGGACGACCUGUGGUUAGCAAUCCCGUUACACCUGCGCCGGUUGCGUCACCAACAACUGAGUUCAGUCUGCCGGAGAUUGUGGAGAACCGCAACGUUAAGGGGUUGAGUCAACGAAGCAACAAUUUCAUACCUCUAAGUCAACAUUAUUUGCCUCCUGCCCUAGACGAGCGACCCAACUAUGAAGCUCCCAAGCCAAGCGAUGAGGUUGCUGGCUAUUAUUAUCCGCAGCCCAGCACAAGUACUACGACAAGAAAUCCGACGACAGCAAGUACCCAACGUCCUAUAAUUGUUCAGGAUCCCAACGAAGUGAAUGAGGUUGAGCAACCGGGUUUUCUAGGCUAUGACUACAAUGCGCCUCCUCAGAAUCCUUCGAAACCGUCGCCUGUCUAUCUUCCAUCAGUUGCGAGCAAUCCUGAACAGCAGCAGUUGCGACUUCGCGUGAAAGACAUGCGUUGCCUGCAGUCACGAUAUUUCCGAGCCAUACUUAAGCUGGACAAUUUCCUGGGAGCUACGCCAGUGUUGGACAAUGACAGCGAGAAUGAAAAGGAUCGACAUUGCGAGUUGAAGAUGACUCGCAGUUUUCUUCUGUUGGAUAUUUCUGCUACUGACUUUGAUCACUGUGGAGUUCAUGCUUGUGGUCAGGAUUUGUGUUUGCGAAUUCGUUUCCCAGCCAUUCGAGGAUUGCGCACAGCCAGUGAUUCUAUUUUAACACUGCACUGCAAAGUACAAGAGCGAGUUGCAUCCAAAGUUCAAGCCCUCAAAAUGGGAGUUGCUAAUGACGUACAGUCACGAAACAGUGGCACCUACGCCCGAGGAGGUAACCAAAAUGCUUUUCGCACACAUGUUGAACUCUUGAGGCGCGGCACCAACGGCUAUACUCGACACCUGGAGACCAAUGGAGCCGUACAACUGGGCGAAGAUCUUCUACUGCGGGCGCAUGUUCUCUCAGGCGAUGGUUGGAAUUACACUAAGCUCAGUGAUGUGCAGCUUCAACGACUCUCUCCAGCUGGGGAGGUUUUAAACAGUGCUCAGCUAAUCACUUCUAGCGGAUGCCUUAACCCAGCCAUGCAAAGCAUCUGUGCUCAUGAGCCCAACUUUGAGCCACCUCUCGGUCAGCGUUUACACUUCAGGGCCAUCAUGUUUCCGGGCAUGUUAAGCGGAGAUCUGCUGGUGAUGUCAAUGCGUAUUACGGGUUGUCUGGAGCACGAAGAUUGUCAGGUGACGGUCCAAGAUUGUCAGCCAGGUCUACCCCAGCGACGACGUCGGAAUGCUGGUCCUAAUAGAAUACUCGGAAAUGCAACAGAGGCAUCCGAGAUGUCGCGGGUUCAAUUUAGAGUGAUCAUGCCAAACAUGGAACAGGACUUACAGCUUGACACCGAUUCGGAGGGUCUACUGCAAAAUGAGAAUGUAGCUGCACUGUCGAAGAGCUUAGCAUUGUUUGGCAGUUUGGGAAUGGUUGUGCUGCUGCUGGGAGUAGCUAUAAUCGCAGCUUACAAGCUCCGAAAUAAGUAA